GAUACUGUUGAUUUUAGUUUGCCUGAUUUGGGAACAAACCGAAGCUCCACCAACUCUGACUCAGGCUACAGAAGAAGAUGAACCACCUCGUUCUACUUUUCUCAUUGUUCUUGGCUAUAGCAUUUGCUGACAAAGAAAGUCAGAAAACAAGCCAAAACUUUUCUUCAAACAAUGCCAGUCAUAAACGACUGAAGAGAGACUGGAUAUGGAACCAAAUGCAUAUUAAAGAAGAGAUUGAUACACCAUUACCACACCAUGUUGGCAAGAUCACAUCAAGUGUAAGGAACAACAACGCGAAGUAUAUUAUUGAAGGUGAAUAUGCCAACACCAUUUUUAAAGUGGAAGAAACCAGUGGUGAUGUGUAUGCAUUUGAGAGGCUAGAUCGAGAAAAGAAAGCAGAGUAUGAGCUGACAGCUCUCAUUAUUGACAGAAGAAACAACCAGUCACUGGAACCCCCAUCUAAAUUCAUUAUCAAGGUUUAUGAUAUUAAUGACAAUGUCCCCGUGUUUGAACAAAAAGUAUUCAAUGGAUCUGUCCCAGAAAUGUCACCAGUAGGAACCUCAGUCACCAAAGUGACAGCUUUCGAUGCUGAUGACCCAACAGUUACAGGUCAUGCCACAGUUACCUACCAAGUCAUUAAAGGAGACGAAUACUUCACAGUUGAUGACUCUGGUGUGAUUUCUACAACAAGGGCUGAUUUAGACAGAGAGAGUCAAUCAACAUAUGAAAUUAUUGUUAAAGCAAAAGAUGCUCCAGGGUCUUCUGGGGAUUCAAGCACAGCUACAGUCAUUAUCACUUUAACCGACAUCAAUGACAACUUCCCAGUAUUCAAACACCCUUCAUUUCACUUUAAAGUUCCUGAAAACAUUUCAGUAGGAGGAGAAGUUGGCAGAGUCAAAGUAGAAGAUAUUGAUGAACCACAACAUAGAAAUACGAAAUACAGUUUUGUGAGAGGAGAUUACAGGGACACCUUUGAAAUUGUAGCAAAUCCAUUCACAAAUGAAGGAAUUAUUAGGCCAAAGAAGCCCCUGGACUUCGAAAAAGUAGCAGAAUACAGGUUUGACAUUGAAGCAACAGAUCCCACAGUUGAUCUUCGCUAUUUUAAAUCCGGUGGCUCUAGAAGCAUUUCAACAGUCACCAUUGAAGUCACUGAUGUUGAUGAGCCUCCUGUCUUCACCAAACUACCAUAUGAAUUUAAAGUAAGGGAAAAUGAUCCAGAAAUAAGAACACUUGGUUCAGUUUGGGCACACGACCCUGACGCAGCUAAACGGAAAAUCAGAUUUAUUCGACGAAGAGCUAGCCCUAAUGGAGACUAUAUUAGGGUAUCCGAUACUGGAAUUAUUCAACUUCCCAAGCCUCUGGACAGAGAAUUCAGUUCCUCAUACAACAUCACUGUAGCAGCUCAGGAAAUCCUUGAAGACGGCCGUCUUUCUGACAGAGAAUCACAUGCCCAAGUUCACGUAAUAGUUACUGAUGAAAAUGAUAAUGCUCCAGAACUGGUUUAUCCCGAGGAACCCAGAGUGUGUGAAAAUGCUGCACCAGGAAAGGUAAUCAUCAGGAUUUCAGCUACUGACAAGGAUGAAAUAUCACCUAGAGGUUUCUUCAAAUACUCCCUGGCCACAGAAGAUAGCAACUUCUCCUUGGUUGAGAACUACGAUAACACAGCUAAUAUCACUGUCAAAUACGGACAGUUUAAUCGUGAACUUGCCAAAAUCCACUACCUGCCUAUCAUCAUCUCAGACAACGGUGAUCCUGAGCUCAGCAGCACAAAUACACUUGUCAUCAGUGUCUGCAAGUGUAAUGAAAAAGGCAACUUCACUUUUUGUGAGGAAAGAGCUAAACAAGUUGGAGUUAGUAUACAAGCACUGGUGGCAAUUUUUAUCUGUAUCUUCACAAUCAUUGUUUUCUUUGCAGUAAUCGCAUUGCUAAUUCUUCUAAGAAAGAGACACAAGAAGGAUUUGAGCGGUCUUGGGAGGAAUGUGGCAGAGAUUCAUGAGCAGCUUGUCACUUAUGAUGAAGAAGGUGGUGGUGAAAUGGAUACCACCAGCUAUGAUGUAUCUGUACUCAACUCUGUCCGCAAGAACGGUAUAAAGCCAGAAGCAGUUCCCUCUUCAUAUGCACAAGUCCAAAAGCCUCCUGGAAAUAUAACUUCUGGUGCUGGAGAAAUGGAAAUGAUGAUUGAAGUUAAGAAGGAUGAAGCUGACAAUGACAGGGAUUUGCUGCCAUAUGACACACUUCACAUUUAUGGCUACGAAGGUGCUGAGUCCAUUGCAGAAUCUCUCAGUUCUUUGGAAUCAGGCUCCUCAGACUCAGAUAUCGAUUAUGACUUUCUAAAUGACUGGGGACCCAGGUUUAAAAUGUUAGCUGAGCUGUAUGGAUCAGAACCAAAUGAAGAUUUUGUGUAUUGAGUUCAAAUUAGCCAUGAAUUUUCUCCCUCCCACUACAGAUAGACAUCAAGAGCCUGCCAAUGGCCAAAGAAGAACUCACAGCUCUUCACCCAAGCCGUACUAGGAUUUCAAACAGACAUGAAAAAAAAACCUGACAGCAGUAGGGUUAAAAAGAAACACACAGAUCCUGCAUAUUGACUUCCCCCAGCACUGCUAUCCUUGCUAACAUUCAGUUCUUUCCCCAAAAUUGCUGCUCGAAGACCCGCUCGAGUCUUCUAGGAUACAACUCCUCUCCCUAUCCAGAUAGACACUUCUCCUUAAAAAGUGGUUUUGUCCCCAGUUUCUCCUUCAUUCCUCUCC